AUGUUCUCCGAAUACGCCUCACGAUUCCUUGCGCAGUCCCAGUCGAGGCUUUCGAGCUUUGGCCAAGCAGACAACGAGAAUGCAUCCCGGCAGAACGACUGGUCGUCUCGCCCGAACCGACCCUACCGAGACACCGGCCGAGGAACGGGCGGCCAGAGAUCCAUUCUUGGGAGAGGCUAUGGAGGAAAUCCCUAUCAGAAUGGUGGAGGAGCAGCUGGCGGUGGUUCGCGCUUCGGUCAGCUGGGGUUCGGGUCUCGCAUAACAGCCGCGCAAGACGCGCCUCUGUUCCACAGCACGCUGGACGAGUAUCGAGAGGACGACGACGAAGAGGAGCGCGAUAGGGACGCUGCUGAUCUCUUUGCCCUUCAGAGGUCGCGACGGGUCGCUGCGGCUAGCAAGCUCGCCGACAGCGUAGAGUCGGAUGCUAAUAGUCGAGAGUCGCUCGAAGAAAGCUCAAGGCAAUUCGAUCACCCCUAUCAGACUCAAGGCUUCGGUCGCGGCAUCAAGAGCAGUUGGAACGGGACGAGGAGCUCAUACCAGGCUACUGCCCCAAGGGAUACAACACUGGAAGAGGAGGACGGAGAGCAUGUUGGGCACGACGGCAGAGAUGACGACAGCGAACACAGCAACGGUCAUCACAAGGGGAAGAUGGUUGAUGUCGGGCUGGAGUCACAGGAGGAUGCCGAUGACGACCCGCCGGAGUCGCUCCUGGAAGAGGCAACAGACAGCAGCCCCCCGGCUUUCCAGCGGUUCAAGGAUCCGUCGGGACGAACGCCGCUGCUGGAUCGAUCAGCACGGAGCGAUACCGACAUGGACAGCGUGCGACACACAGAGCCUCCCGAGGUCGAUCCGAAUCCCGCAGGUAUCUCCUUCGUCGAGGGCGAGAUAUUCAGGCACGAUCCCUUCUUCGCGUGGAUAUUUCUCAUCUGCCUCGCCGGCAUGAUGUCAACGUUUUUCUUGGUGUGGCUUAACACGGCGCCGAGGAGCAGUCCUGUGGGCGAUACGAUUUAUACGACGUUGCAAAAGUCCUUUCACAUGCUAGCCGUCGACACCGUGGUGGCCGUAUUGGUGUCGUUUGUAUGGCUGGCAGCGUUGCGGUCCUUUGUCCGGCCGCUGGUAACUGUUAUCCUCGUCGCCGUGCCAGCCAUCAUGUUUUCCUUCUCUGUCUUCUCGUUCGUCUCAUCAUUCAAGGGGCGAACGCAUGGGGCAAGCUUUCAGGAUGUUGUCAUGAGAUGGACGGCACUCGCCCCUGCGGCCUCAUGUGCCUUGUGGCUCUGGCUCGUCGUCAAAGGCCGAAGGGCUAUCCAGCAGGCCAUUGAAAUCCUCCAGUUCUCGUCCAAGAUUCUGGCGCAAAACCCAGGUCUCUUGCUGGUUGGCUUUGGCUGCCUGGCCCUGAUUGUUGCAUGGACUUGGAUCUGGCUGGCCAUGUUCACGCGUGUCUUCAUGGGCGGCUAUUUCUCCAAGGAUCUGGUUCGAUUCGUCAUUCGACUCUCCAGCUGGUGGCUCGGCGCCGCGUUCGUCUUCAUGUACAUGUGGACGCUCUCCGUCAUCAAUGCGGUCCAUCGAGCGGCGACGGCGGCGACAGUUUCUCAGUGGUACUUUCACCGCAACGCCGGUCCUGCUGCCCCUUCCAAGGAGAUCGUCAUGGCCGCCUUGUUGCACGGCCUGACGACCAUUUUUGGCAGCAUCUGUGAAUCCACAUUGUUGUCUCUGAUGAUUCGAGCUCCCUUGAUCUUCCUGCCCAGGAGACUAGGCGCCAUCAUCACAAAUAUUGCGUCCUUCUGGAUACCGACGCCUGUUGUGGCUCUCACCAAUCCUCUCACAAUUACCUUUGCAGCCAUUCACUCCCAGGGCUUGGCCACGUCUGCCAGGGGCCUCGAUCAAAUGGAGUUUGUAUCGCCUGCGAUUCCUACCACCACCUUGACACCAAGGGCGUUACGCCUGCGCGGCCAGGCAAACAGUCUGCUGCCUUACCGCCUGGCCAAGUUGCUCCUGGUCGCUACGCGGCUGAUCAUGGCUACGGGACUUGGAUUUGCGGGCUGGGUCAUCACCGCCAAGCAGCUCCGAAUCCAGCUCCCGGACGGUGUGGGCGUGCGAGGAUCCGCAUAUGCAUAUGUGGUCGGCAUCAUGGCUAGUUUCAUCGGGUAUUCGGUUAUGGGCGCAAUGGAAGGUAUUCUUAGCGGGAUUGUCGACGCGGUUCUCAUCUGCUACGGGAGCGAGCGACGGAUGGAGAGGGGCCACGGACGGUUCUGUCUCGAAGCCGCAUAUCUGUUUGGCGAGCGGCGAGGAAGCGGCGAGGACCUGGGAUAUGAGUGAACAGGCUGGGACUUUGUGGGGGCCCAGCUCACAUUUGGC